AUGCUUAUUACAGUAUCAUAUUGGAUCAUACCUACAGUGCCUUAUUAUGCGGGAUCAUAUAAAUUAAAUUUAAUACGUAAUGAUCGUUUCCUGAAACGUUUCGGUAAACGAUUACUGGGUGCUAUUCGACAACCGUUAUUACGACGCAAUCGAUCAAACGUUACAUUAUUGGAUUCAGAGAUUGAUUCGAAUUUAUCGUUGGCUGUAACACCUAAACGUACAUUUUCAUUGCUCAGUCAACGAACAUUAUUAUCGAAAAAGAACAAUCUGGACGAAGAAAAUUUUUACAUGGAAGAUUUGAAAUUGACCAAUGGAAUGCUUUCAGAGGAACAUGAAGCAAACGGUGACGACACAUUGUUUCAUGGUGAAGAGAUGGCAAUAAUAAAUUUGGAAAAAGAAAAUGGUGAAUUUGGUUUCAAUAUUGUUGGCGGUACCGACCAGGAAUAUAUCCCGGGCGAUCCUGGCAUAUUCAUUUCAAGGAUCCGAAAUGGUGGUUCAGCUUCGCGUGAUAGUAGACUAAAGAUCGGUGAUCGUAUCGUUUCGGUGAACGGUAUACUACUUACUGGUAGAACGCAUGAUGAUGCUGUAGAAAUUUUGCAUAAUACUAAGGGCACUGCAGUGCUAAUGAUCGAACAAAAUGCUGAGUCACGAGUUUUAAAUAAACCAACAGAACUUUCGGGUAUCUUAAGCUCAAACGAAAGUAUCUCAUCAUUGAAAAGUGAACAAAGGACUUUGUCCUCCAACCAACGUACAAGUAUGUCGUCCAAAUCCAUGAAUCCGUACAUGUCGCAAAUCAUGCCAGAAUCAACUGAAGUAGAGAAAAAGAAAAGUACACUGUCAUCAGCUAAUGAAGCAAACAAUGAUUAUGUAGAUGGCGAACGCAUGAUGAAAAAUGAAACAGAAAAUCAAAAUGAAGUACGUCGGACGGAACAUGAACGAAUGUUGGAAGUUGGUUCAGUUACAACGGCAUCGCCACUUACAUCAUUAAACGAUGAAACAGCGAAGACGAUCGACGAAAGAAGCGGUGAAGCCGCUUCAUUGAAUAAUGGUGAUAAUCAUGGUGAUAACGAUGAUGACUAUGAAGAUGGUGAAAAUGGAUUAACAUCUUGUGAUCACUCAAGUUCUGUUAUAGAUGACAUUCCAGUCACACCUAAAAGGCCAUACAGAUUAUUGGAUCCAUCAAAUCCAUCUAUAUUCAACGAAGUAUUGGCUGUUUCGGUUGGUGUCGCAGCACUGGGAGCUGGCAUAUAUGUAAUAUAUAAAUUUGUUAAACAUCGAUCUGCUCCCUGAACACCUCGUUCUAUCUUGUAAUGAAGUGUUGAACAGAUUUUAUAUUUUUGAAUCUCAGUUAUAUGGCAUAAUUUGUCUUCAGGACUGAUGUGUACAGAAAAGAUUAGGGUAUAUCAUGGAUACUUUUUAGGUGGGUACUUUUUCCGAUCGCA